UUUUGCAGCGUGCGCCAAGAUGGCGGCGACUGGAUAAUUUGCCAAGUUUGACAAUUGUGAAAAUUUGAAUUAAGAUUUCAUCAUUAUUUAUCGGAAACCUAUGAUUUACUGUAGUUACUGUGCGUAACUUUAACAUACGCUAUGGGAGAUGAUCUCAAGCUGCCUGAAAAGUAUCAAAAACUGGCAACAGAAUUUGCAAAGCUGAGGGCUCAAAAUGCAGUUUUAAAGAAGGCUGUAAUAGAGGGACAAGAUACGCAAAGAUCGCAGGAAGAGAAAUUGAAACAUCGAGAACAAGCCAUUAGAAAAUAUGAACAAGAAUUGGACAGUUUACAGUUUAGAAAUGAUCAGUUAUCAAAAAGAGUUGGAAUUCUUCAGGAUGAACUGGACCAAACAGCAUCUGCAAAGAAUAAAACAUCAAGCAAAAUUGCAAAUUCAAAUCCAUUUGUUGAUGGUGUGGCUGCUGAGGAUUUGCAAAUGAAAAUUGAAGAAAAUGAAAGAUUACAGCGAGAGCUUUUUGAGUCGAGUCAGAAACACAAAGCUGUCGUACUUGACCUGCAAGAAAAACUUAAGUCAAACGAGAAAAUAUCCACAAAUCAUCAGAGAAUCGUCGAUGAAAACAACGAGAAACAUAAAAUUAUUGUUCAGAAACUUCAGGAAGAAAAGGCAAUGCUCGAGGCGCGGUUACAAAAAUGCCUUGAAGAACUCAAGACCAUUUCCAUAAAGUCAGAGAAAAGCGAACAGCAGGCACAAGUUUUCAAUAAGAAACUGGUGGAAAAAUAUGAAACCUUAGUAAAGAUCGUUGCAGAGAAAGUGAAUUUUAACGAUACAUGUUUCAGUAGUUUCAAUCAAUUAAAUAUUCCUUCUCAUGACUUCAAGCGUCAGGGGAAAAUAAAGAAACUUGUUAGUGAAGCUUUGGAUCUUCUUCGAGUCUUUUUAGCUGGUCUAUCUGAUUAUCACACUUACAUGGAACAGCGAAUUCGGAAUCUGUUUGAGCAACCUACAGAUAUAUCUCGAAAGUUGUGUGAACAUCUUCAUCAGAAUGCUACAAUACUUCGGAAUAUUGAAGAAAGCUUUAACAACUUUAGCUGUGAAGUUUCUAAGGAUGUUUUGCUAACUCUGGAAACUGCCGUUGGAUUCAAGGAAUUUACGGAAGCCUUUCAUAAAUAUUCAAGUUAUCUUCAAAAAAUUUUUUCAUACCAGUCACUAAGCACUAAAGAGGAAUGCUCGAAAUCUACUUGCUCCUCUUCAAUGGAAAAACUUAGCAUGGCCAUUUUGCACGAGUUCUCGAAAUUUGUUGCCGUUAUCAGCGAGCUUGAUACCUAUUUAAGGCUACUAGCAUCGGCAGGUUCUGAAGGUGGUCUUUUAAUCACAAAUGUAACUAAAACGUUCGCCUUGCUUGACACCACAACUCAAAAAAUCCACACUGUUUUGAAAGGUCUUUCAACUGCAUUUUACUCCAAGAAAAUGAUCGAACAUCAGACGCCAACAAUUACUCAGACUUUGAAAAGCACUGAAGAAUGUUUGGAGACGUGCCUUGCUUCACUGGUCACAUCAUCGUUUAAGAUUUCAAAUUUCCUGCAUUCAAACAUUGACUUCUUUUCGUCGCGAUCUUCCCUUCAAGUUCGUGGCGUUUGCGCAGAUAAGAAUGUCGGAUCUCCUGUUGUGAGAAAAUUUAGGGAAGAAAACAAAGAUUAUAUUGCAAAAUUAGUUAAGCCGCUGCCAAAGUCUAUUCCUUAUAAAUUGGCAUUGGAAAACGACUGUACAUUGCGCAGUUCAAAUGAAAGUCGAGAUACUCUGACAAAACAGGCUGCUUUGAAUUUAGAGAAAAUAACGAAGUUAGAACAGGAGAAAGAACAUUGGCUACUUGAAGCUCAACUUUUACAAAUUAAGUAUGAAAAGGAGCAUCAGAAGGCGGUAUUUCUGCAAGAGGAGAUCGAAAAUCUUCAAAUAAAUCGAGGAGUGUCUAUUUCAAUGAAGAGCGAUAACCCGAAGACAGAGGAGGAUUUGAUAAAAAAACCCGAAGAAGAGAUUGAAAAACCCGUAGAGCUUGGUGAGAUGAAUGUUUUACAUGCAGUUGAGUCACCAGUCUCUCGUGAAGAUUACAUCAAAGAGCACUAUAAGAAGCGGAUGGCAGAAUUGACUUCACAGUUGCAGCUAGCUGAUAGCAAGGCCGUUUUUUUCCACUCUGAGUGUGAAAGCUUAUUCAAGAGGUUACAAAUGAAUAUAAAUGCGCAAGACGAAAGCAAAAAGGAAUUGGCAAUUGCUAUUUCGAGAAUUUCAGAACUUGAGGAUGAAGUACAAAUGACAAAAAACAGUUACCAGGUUCAACUUGACGCAAUGACUGACCAUCUUUGCGGAAUGUCUGAGAAGUUGACGUCACAGAAAGAUCAAAUCGAUGCAUUGAAAACAGGGAAAAACAAGAAAGGAAAAAAUUGGUUUCAAUCUUUGAAAGACAAGGGAAAUUCUGAUGAUAUUGUAGAAUAAGAAGUAGUCGUUGGACAAUGUCCACUGACAUUAUAGACAUUUUUUUAUGACAGGCUGUGAAUGUAGUUUAAUUUCAGAUGUAGUUAAUAUGACACAAGAUACUAGAAGGGAAAAGGAGAGAGCUGAAGCUGCCCAUACAUUCAUAUGGUUAGCUUUAUAGUUAAGUUGAAGAUUUUGAAAAUCUGCAACGAUGAAAAAUGUAUUUUUAUAUGUCUGUUCGCUGUACAUUUCUCGCAUGUUUUAAGUUGAACGAAAAUAUUGUCUGCAUACGUGUUUUGAAAUGUUGUCUCUCAACAUUCUACUUAGUUUAUCUUGAUAUUACUUAAUCUAAUUACAACUUAAUCUUCAACCUAGUUCCUCAUCCCCAAAA